UUGUUUUGUUAGCUUUUUGUUAAUUAUAAAUAUUUAACGUAAUAUAAUUUAUGUCAAUUUUUUACAGCAACUAUAGUGUUUUAAUAAGAGUAGUUAAUAAUUAUGGAGGAGUCUUUGGGUAAUAAAGACGAGAGGUUAUGCGGAAUAUGUACAACAAACAGAAGUAAAUAUUGCUGCCCGCGAUGUGAGAUAUUUUAUUGCUCGCUCGAUUGUUACAAGUCCGAGAAACAUUUAGAUUGCUCGGAGAGUUUUUAUAGAGAUUGUGUUAACGAAGAGCUCUCUUCAUAUCAUGCGGGAGACGAAGCGAAGCGUAAAAUGAUCGAUAUUCUCAAAAAAGUUCAAAAUAAAGACGUAGAUGAAGAAGAAAGUGAGACUGAAGAAAGUAUUGAUUCCGACGAUGAUAUAGAAAUCGAUUUGCACGAACGUAUUAAAGAUUUAGACCUUAAUAAUGCAGAUGCAUUAUGGAAUGCGCUCACAGAAGAUGAAAAAAAUGAAUUUGAGGCAGUGGUAAGAGGAGAUGUGGGUUCCGUUUUACCACAAUGGAAGCCGUGGUGGAUGUACAAUAAAGAAGCAAAACUUGUAGAAGAAGUUUCAAGCUCAGAAGUAGAUGAGCAUUUAAAGAAGUGUCCAUGUCUCAAAUCUGUGCCUAAAUUCAACACAUUAACUAAUGUAAAACCAUCACCAGCCAUUUCAUUUAACAUCACAAAUGUACUAGCAUCAUAUGCAUUUAUAAUGAGGUACUUCAACGGAGAGAUUGAUACUAUAGAAGCUGUCACACACAUACUGGAUGUUUGUCAAAAUCUCUCAUCGAACACUAACUUUGAUGAGUUGGAUACUGCUGUAGAGUCAGUCACACAGAAAUGUCUACAGAGUGAACUAAUAGAGACUGAUGAAGUUAGUCUAGAGGUUAUGAAACAUGACACAUUUUUAAUAUUAAAAGGACCGAGUGCAGAUAACAAUGCAUACUAUUGUAAAGCAGCUCUCUCCCAUCUCAUAGAUAUAUUCAAUCAAGCAAAAUCACAAUUAAAAACUUCCACAAAAGAAAAUGUAUCAAAAUCUGAAGGAACGUUUUCUAAAAAAUUCCCCGAAAACAUGGAUUACUUACCAAAGUUAGAUGUAAAUAAAGUUAAGAGAAAUAUUAAAAAGCUCGAGUUCUAUUUAUCGUUUAUUGUAAGCAAUGAUAAUUGUUAA